CUCCAUCACAAACCAUUUCCAAUUUCGUUCGCUCGGCACACGCAGAGAACGAGAGAGCUCACUCCAGAGAUCUCCUCCGACUCGAACUUCGACUCAGUGAAUCACUGAGAGCUCCAAAAAGCUCUUCCUCUACAAGUCCAAUAAAAUGGGGUUGGGAUUGCUAGCCUCCAAGGCCCUCAAGCCUACAGCCUCAAGACUUCUCAGCUCCCAAAACCCAAGAAGCCUCCUCUUCCUCUCCAGAACGGUGACGUCAACCCCGGAGCUCCAGAAGCCGGAACAGGCUGCUCAGGCCCAGCCCGAACCUACGCCGGAUCUUCCACCUCGGACGCCGUUGGCCGGAGCCAGAGUCCAUUUUCCCAAUCCUGAUGACGCCAUCGAGGUCUUCGUUGAUGGAUAUCCGGUGAAAAUCCCCAAGGGGAUGACGGUCUUACAGGCCUGCGAGGUCGCCGGUGUUGACAUCCCUCGGUUCUGCUACCAUAGCCGGCUUUCUAUCGCUGGAAACUGCCGUAUGUGUCUCGUCGAGGUCGAGAAGUCGCCAAAGCCCGUCGCUUCCUGUGCCAUGCCCGCUCUUCCUGGGAUGAAAAUAAAGACAGAUACUCCAAUAGCAAAGAAGGCUCGAGAAGGAGUGAUGGAAUUUUUGCUGAUGAAUCACCCAUUGGAUUGUCCAAUUUGUGAUCAAGGUGGAGAAUGUGAUCUGCAGGAUCAGUCCAUGGCAUUUGGAUCUGACCGUGGCCGGUUUACUGAAAUGAAGAGAUCUGUGGUGGAUAAAAAUCUUGGUCCUUUGGUGAAGACUGUAAUGACUCGGUGUAUCCAGUGUACAAGAUGUGUCAGAUUUGCAACUGAGGUUGCUGGAGUUCAGGACCUUGGCAUGUUAGGGCGUGGCAGUGGUGAGGAAAUUGGGACUUAUGUUGAAAAACUCAUGACAAGUGAACUUUCUGGCAAUGUGAUAGAUAUCUGUCCUGUGGGAGCCCUGACCUCAAAACCUUUUGCAUUUAAAGCCCGGAAUUGGGAAUUGAAGGGCACUGAGACUAUUGAUGUUACUGAUGCUGUAGGAUCCAACAUUCGAAUUGAUAGCAGAGGUCCAGAAGUCAUGCGCAUUAUUCCACGGUUAAAUGAGGACAUAAAUGAAGAAUGGAUAUCAGACAAGACUCGUUUUUGUUACGAUGGUUUGAAGAGGCAGAGGCUAAAUGACCCUAUGAUUCGUGGUGCUGAUGGUCGAUUUAAGCCUGUGAGCUGGCGUGAUGCCCUUGCAGUGGUUGCUGAGAUUGCUCAUCAAGUCAAACCGGAGGAAAUUGUUGGAGUUGCAGGUCAGCUGUCUGAUGCAGAGUCCAUGAUGGCCCUAAAAGAUUUCUUAAACAAAUUGGGUUCAAAUAAUGUAUGGUGUGAAAAGAAUGGGAUGUUCCAUGAUGCUGAUCUCCGCUCUGGGUAUCUUAUGAAUACUAGCAUUUCUGAUCUUGAGAAGGCAGAUGUUUUCCUCUUGGUUGGUACCCAGCCAAGAGUAGAAGCUGCUAUGGUAAAUGCUAGAAUUCGAAAGACAGUUAGAGCUACUCAUGCUAAGGUUGGAUAUAUUGGCCCUCCAGCUGAUUUUAACUAUGAUCACGAGCAUCUUGGUACAGGCCCUCAAACACUUAAAGAAAUUGCAGAGGGUCGCCAUUCAUUUUCCUCGGCCCUUUCAAAUGCCAAAAACCCUGUAAUCAUUGUUGGCGCUGGGCUUUUUAACAGGAAGGACAAGGAUGCAAUUUUUUCUGCUGUGGAAGCCAUUGCAAAAUCAGCUAAAGCUGUCAGGCCUGAUUGGAAUGGUCUCAAUGUAUUGCUUCUUAGUGCAGGCCAAGCUGCAGCACUUGACCUUGGACUUGUGCCAGAAUCUGAAAAUUGCCUCGAGUCGGCAAAAUUUGUGUACCUGAUGGGUGCAGAUGAUGUAAACUUGGAGAACAUUCCUAAGGAUGCCUUUGUGGUUUAUCAAGGGCACCAUGGCGACCAGGGUGUAUAUCGUGCCAAUGUAGUUUUGCCAGCAGCAGCAUUUAGUGAGAAGGAAGGGACAUAUGAAAAUACAGAAGGUUGCACACAACAAACCGUGCCUGCGGUUCCCACAGUCGGUGAUGCCCGGGAUGAUUGGAAGAUAAUAAGAGCUCUAUCUGAGGUGGCAGGGGUCCGUUUGCCCUAUGAUACACUCACAGCCAUUAGGUCUCGGAUCAAGACUGUGGCACCGAACCUUUUGCAUGUCGACGAGAGAGAGCCAGCUACAUUUUCAACUUCAUUGAAGCCGCAGUCCAAUCAGGAAUUAAGUUCAGAACCGUUCGGGACAGCCAUUGAGAAUUUUUAUAUGACCGAUUCCAUUACCAGGGCAUCAAAGAUAAUGGCACAAUGCAGUGCGUUGCUGCUAAAGAAGUGAGGUGAUUUUGUAUUAUUCUAAUUCCUAAUAAAGAUUUAGAUUGCCCCUUUUUUCGUUCUAUUUCAUUGUUAUUUAAAAAUCUCUCCUUUGAAUCUUCAUUUAGGCCGUGCAAAGGCCUAGUUUGGCCAGAGCUUCUGGAACAUUGGAAGUACUUCCAAUAAAAGUAUUCUAAGCAUUCUAAGCUUUGUUUCAGUUGUGAUACGUUUUGCAAUGUAAAAACAUUUUCCUUGUAAAACUGGUUGGAUGUAUAAUUUGGGAUUUUCCCAUCUUGUUUCUUA